CUCUCCCGCGGAAGCGCGCCUGGCUCCCGACCCACACCCAGCCUGGGGAGGAAUGCUUCUGCUCUUGCUCGACUGUCGCUUCUCCGUAGUUAGAAGUCAUCGUUUUUCAAGAUGGAACUGAAAAGUUGAAAGUUGCUUCUGUCUUGCUCUUCUGUACUGUGCAAAAAACCUGUGUGCGUCUCCCACUCUGCAGAAUGGGAGUAAUUACCGAAUAAAAGAACUGAGGAAAUAAGUUGGGGAGGGGGAUGUUGCGAUAUAAACUUUCUGAAUGUUUUCUUUAAAAAAAAAAAAUCUUUAGUAAAGGAAUUGAAAAUCACUACCGGUAUUGUAGACCGUACAUGUGGCAUAGCAGUUUUUUGUUUUGAAACCGUAAGUGGAAAAUCUAAAUAGAAAAUUUUUAACGCUGAAUUCACAUAUUUAGGAAAAUUACCCAGUGUUCAUCGUGUAGAAAGGGCAUGUUUCUAGAAAGUUCCAGUUUGUUUCUAUUUUUCCCCCAGCUCUGACUAGAAAAUCUCAAAGCAAAUUACAGCAUUUUCUAAAAUUUAUAGACGCGGUGUAGCUUUCUACACACCCACACAUGCACCAGGGAUUGGACAUCUUGUAUAUAAAAGAGUAGUCUGGUAGUUCAGGAAAAGUACAACAAGGUUAUUGCAUUCUUUAAAAAACCAAGUUGAAUAGAACAGUAAACAGAUUAUGAUAUAGAGCAAUUGUACAGGCAUGAGGAAAUGGCAUGAUUACCAGGGGACAAAAAUGUCAUUUCUAUUUUUUAUUUUUAUGACUUUGCAUUUCUGACAGUAAUGUUUUGUUCAGAUAAACCAUCAUACUAGAAUAGAAACUUGGUUGUCAAUUAUCUCCAGAAGUAAUUUUAGUUUUAUGCUUGAGAUACUUCAGUGGGUUUUUAAUCAUCUUCUGCUUUUCAAAUGUAAGAGGUAGAUCUCACAAAUUAAACAGCUUUAUUGAGGUAUAAUUGACAUGCAGUAAACUGCAUGUGUUUAAGGUGUACAAUUUGAUAAAUUUUGACAUGUAUAUACCCUUGAAACCCUCUCUACAAUCAAGAUCAUCAGUAUAUCCAUCACCCCCAAAGUUUUCUCUACUGAGGUUCCUCGUCCACUCCCCCCCAUCCCCAACCACUGUCACUAUAGAUUAGUUUGCAUUUUCUAAAAUUUUAAAUAAAUAGAACCAGAGUACAGGCACUCUUUUCUCUAGCUUCUUUCACUGGACAUAAUUGAGAUUCAAUCACAUUGUUGCAUAUAUCAAUAGUUCGUUCCUUUUUAUUGCUGAGUGGUAUUCAUUUGUAUGAAUGUACACACUUUGUUUAUCCAGUCACAUAUUGAUGAACCUUUGUGUUACGGCCAUUUUUCGCUUUUACAAAUAGUGCUGCUGUUAACACUCAUGUACAAGUCUUUGUGUGUACAUAUGCCUUCCUUUCUCUUGGAUACAUACUCACGAGUUUACCGUUAGAUUUUUAUGUCAUAUUAUAUGCACUCUAACUAUAAGGGGGUAUAAAGUUUCUAUAACAACAUGUAGAUAAGUAUAUGCUCUUACUGUAUUUUUAAAGGAAUAAGCUUAGCAGAUUGUGGUGAAAAGAGCAUAGAGCUGGAAGGAAGUUAAGAAACUAGUCACAAUCUUUAAUUCAAUUACCUGAUCUUUGGAAAAGUGGCUAGAUCUGUAAAGUUCCUGCCAAUUCCAAGACUCUGUACAGAGCUCAACUCGAGAGUAUACAGAGCCCGAACAAAAAGAUAGGAUCCUAUCCCUCUCUCCGAAGCUUCAGGUUACCUUUAUAUCAGCCCUUAGCCGUGUAACAUUUAUGCUGACUGGCUCCUUUUAUUAUAAAUGGAGGAUCAUGCAUAUUCAUCAUCAAAUUAGAUAUAUUUUUGUGAGUGCUGGCUAGGAAGGACAAUUAAAUGAUCAAUUUCUGCCUUUCAUAGCUUACAAUUAAGAUAGCACCUACAAAGAGGCCUCUGCAGCAAUAGGGAGCUAAUUACCAUGGUUUAGUCGGAAAAUGGAAUGUCACGCCAUCGUUUAAAAUAAUGUCUUCAGAGAAUACUGAAAAAGAUGGCAAAAGUUUCAUGUUAUACUAAGUGAAAAAAUAAAUCAUGAUCCUGAUUUGUUUGUAGGUAUGCAUUAAAAAUUACUGAGAGGGGCCACUUCCAGUGUAGCCAUGGCAGCUAAUGGUACCACUAACCUGUUGCAGCUGCUUCCACAAGAACUUGUAGGCAAGUGUAUAGGAUCAAGAAUUCAAAUUGUGAUGAAGAGUGAUAUUGUUGGCACACUUCUAGGUUUUGAUGAUUUUGAAAUCACACCAGAAAGAAGAAAGAUUACUGUAUUAGAUCAGAUUUUGCUAAAUGGACGUAACAUAACAAUACUGGUUUCUGGGGGAGAAGGACCUGAAGUAUGAGUGGAGUUUCUUGACAUGCUAGCUUCUGUUUUGUUUUAUAAUGGCAACAAAAUGGAUUAUUUUUAACUUUUUAAUCUUGAGAUUCUAUAACACCAAGUUUCCAGUUAAAGGGGAAUGUUUUGAAUGCAUUGUAAAUGCCAAAUUUUCUAAGUUAAUUGUGGUUGUCUUGGAAAAUAAGUAGUUUUCUGUUUAAAGACGAAAAUAAAGGUGUUUUGAUUUAAAAAAAAUAUUGGGAGGAUGCACCCAAAUUUAAUAGUGGCUUUUGAUUUUUUUUUUUUAUUAUUAUUUAACCUGGAGUUAACUUUUUGGAGUACAUCCUCAUAGUAAUCCCCCCCCCCCAUCAGUCAUAGGAUAAUAUCCGUAAGCCUACAAGGAACACCAGUUUAUGCAACUAUUGUUCAAAUUUACACACCAACCACUAAUGCCAAAGAUGAAGAAAUGGAAGAUUUUUACCAACUUCUGCAGUCUGAAAUUGAACAAACACGCAGUCAAGAUGCAUUGGUAACUAUUGGUGACUGGAAUGGGAAAGAUGGAAACGAAGAAGAAUUGGUUUUCAAAAAUAUGGCCUUGGUGACAGAAACCACGCUGGAGGUCAAAUGAUAGUAUUUUGCAAGACCAAAGAUUUAUUCACUACAAAUAUGUUUUUUCAACAACAUAAAUGACAACUAUAUGUGUGGACCUCACUGGAUGGAAUACAUAGGAAUCAAAUUGACUACAUCUGUGGAAAGAGACAAUGGAGAAGACCAAUAUCAUCAGAACAAGGCCAGGGGAUGACUGGGGAACAGACGAUCAACUGCUCAUAUGCAAGUUCAAGUUGAAGCUAAAGAAAAUUUGAACAAGUCCAAGAAAGCCAAAGUACAACCUUAAGUACAUUCCACCUGAAUUUAGAGACCAUCUCAAGAAUAGAUUUGACACACUGAACACUAAUAACCAAGGACCAGACGAGUUGUGGGAUGACAUCAAGGGCAUCAUACAUGAAGAGAGCAAAAGAUCAUUAAAAAGACAUGACAGAAAGAAAAAACCAAAAUGGAUGUCAGAAGAGACUCUGAAACUUGCUCUUGAACGUAGAGUAGCUAAAGCAAACUGAAGUAAAAGAGCUGAACAUUUCAAAGGGUGGCUUGAGAAGACAAAGAAUUAUAGGAAGUAUGCUAAGACCUGGAGUUAGAAGACGAAAAGGGAAGAACAUGCUUGGCAUUUCUCAAGCUGAAAAAACAGGAAAAAACUCAAGCCUCAAGUUGCAAUACUGGAGAAUUCUAUGGCGAAAAUACUGAACAGCGCAGGGAGUAUCAAAUGAAGAUGGAAGGAGUAUGGAGUCACUGUACCAAAAAGAAUUGGUCGACAUUGAAUCAUUUCUGGAGGUAGCAUAUGAUCAAGAACUGAUGGUGUUGAAGGAAAAAGUCCAAGCUACACUGAAGACAUAGGCAAAAAGCUAGGAUCCAGGAAUUGACCGGAUAGCAAUUGGGAUGUUUCAACAAACAGAUGCGAUGCUAGAAGCACUCACUCAUCUAUGCCAAGAAAUUUGAAAGACAGCUACCUGGCCAACUGACUGGAAGAGAUCCAUAUUUGUCCUCAUUCCAAAAAAAGGUGGGCCAACAGAAUGUGGAAAUUCUCUAACAAUAUUAUUAAUAUCACAUGAAAAUAAAAUGUUGCUGAAGAUAAUUCAAAACCAUUGCAGCAGUACACCAACAGGGAACUGCCAGAAAUUCAAACCAGAUUCAGGAGAGGACGUGGAACAAGGGGUAUCAUUGCUGAUGUCAGAUGGAUCCUGGUUGAAAGCAAAGAAUACCAGAAAGUUGUUUACCUGUGUUUUAUUGACUAUGCAAAGGCAAUCGAUUGUGUGGCUCAAACAAAUUAUGGAUAACAUUGAGAAGAAUGGAAAUUCCAGAACGCUUAAAUGUGCUCACAAAGAACCUGUACACAGACCAAGAGGCAGUCACUUGAAAAGAACAAGGGAAUACUGCAUAGUUUAAAAUUAGAAAAGGUGUGUGUCAGGGUUGUAUCCUUUCACCAUACUUAUUCAAUCUGUAUGCUGAGCAAAUAAUCCGAGAAGCUGGACUAUAUGAAGAAAAACAGCAUCAGGAUUGGAGGAAGAUUCAUUAAUAACCUUCAAUAUGCAGAUGACAUAGCCUUGCUUGCAGAAAGUAAAGAGAACUUGAAGCAUCUAGUGAUGAAAAUGAAAGGCUACAGCCUUCACUAUGGAUUACACCUCAACAUAAAGAAAACAAAAAUCCUUACAACUGAACCAGUAAAGAACAUCAUGAUAAACAGAGGAAAGAUUGAAGUCAUCAAGGAUUUCAUUUUAUUUGGAUCCACAAUCAAUGCCCACAGAAGCAACAGUCCAGAAAUCAAACAAUGUAUUGCAUUGGGCACAUCUGCUGCAAAAGACCUCUUUAAAGUGUUCAAAAGCAAAGAUAUUACUUUGAGUACUAAGGUGGACCUGAUCCAAGUCAUAGUAUCUUCAGUAGCUGCAUAUGCCUGUGAAAGAUGGACAACGAACAAGGAAGACAGAGGGAGAAUUGAUGCCUUUGAACUGUGAUGUUGGUGAAGAAUAUUGAAUAUACCAUGACUGUCCUGGAAGAGGGCCCCUGGUGGCACAGCGGUUAAGAGCUACGACUGCUAACCAAAAUGUCAGCUGUUUGAAUCCACCGGAUGCUCCCUGGAAACCCUGUGGGGCAGUUCUACUCUGUGUCAUAGGCUAGCUAUGAGCUGGAAAAACUAGACAGCAAUGGGUUGGGUCUUGGAAGAAGUACAAACAAAAUGCUCCAUAACAGCAAGGAUAGGGAGACUUCAUUCAUCUCAUAUACUUUGGACAUGUUAUCAGAAGGGACCAGUCCCUGGAGAAGGACAUCACACCUGGUAAAGUAGAGUGUCAGCAGAAAAGAGGAAGACCCUCCACAAGAUGGAUUGACGCAGUAGCUGCAACAAUGGGCUCAAACAUAGCAAUGAUUGUGAGAAUGGCUGAGGACUGGGCAAUGUUUCUUUCUGUUAUACAAUGAAUAAUGAGUAUCACUGAGCAGGGAUACAGGUGAGGGAGCAAUGCAGAAGAGGUGGUCAUAUUUACAACUAUGUUUCAAGGCUCUUUAUAUAUGCCAUUGUAACAUAUUUACAAAAUGCUCAAAUAUUCUAGAUAUAAUAAAAUGCAUUUUUUCCAUCUUAGUAUCUCAUUCGUUUAUUAUUUUUAUUGCAUUCCUUUAUUAUUUGAGGAAAUAAUUAAUGCUUUAAGCUGUCUAAGUCCCUUUUCCCCAAACGAACAAUAAAUAAGCCUACCAUCUGGAUGAGGUAUCAUUCUAAGUAUUCCCAUACAGAUAUGGGUGAGGUGUCCUUCUACGUACUCGCAUACAGUGGGAUGCUGGAGGCACUCGUACUACCCCAGAGCAGAUUGGGUGCAUCUCUUCCCAACUCUAUGUUUAGUCAUAUCACACUGGUUUCUUGAAAUCAGCCAGGGUGAGAGUAUUUACUCCUCCAUAAUCAGCAAAAACUAUAUAUCAGGGCUUCUUCUCCCCACCAGAGGCAGUUAUUAAACAUUCGCCAGCAGUGAUCUUGUAGAACAUAUAUUAUUGCCUGUGUUGUCCUCUGUCAUGUUUCCCCCCUGGACUAAAAAAGCCUAUGGAGGGCAAGGACCCUUGUCUGUCAUUUUUAUAGUUGUUAUUCCUAACAUCUAGUGCCUGCCUGGCAUACAGUUGGUGCUGAAAACAUAUUUGACUCAGUCACCCACACAGCUGGCUAGCAAGUUCACCCUGAGUUACCGUGCCGAUAAACAUCUUGGUUGGUCACUCUAGCAGAAGAGUGCCAAGGGCUUCUCCACGUCCUCACUCUCAUCUUCUAGUUAACAGUGCUUGUGGAUUGGGAAAGUUCAUUGACCUUUUUAGGGUUGACAGAUAAAACAUAAAUUUUGCAUGGAGCGUAUUCAUUUAAAGUAGAGGAUCAGCUAAAAAGAGGAAGACGCUCAAAGAGACGGAUUGACACGGUAGUUCCAACAAUGGGCUCAGAUAUAGCAAUGAUUGUGAGGAUGGCACAGGACCGGUCAGUGUUUCAUUCAGUCACACACUGGGUCUCUAAGCAUCAGAACUGACUCAAUGGCGCCUAACAACAACAAUACUUAUACUAAAAAUUAUUUGUGGUUUAUCUGCAAUUUAAACUUAUCUGAGUGACCUAUAUUCUUACUUGCUAAAUCUAGCGAUCCCAGACUUUUUGAAUUAAGCAAGAAAUAGUUAAUGAGGUAUUACUUAAUAAAGUUGAAGAGACUGUGACCUGGCAAUUCCAUUCCAAAGAAUAUAUCCUAGAGAAAUUCUUGUUCAUGUGCACUAGGAAAUAGAAACAAUAAUGUCCACAACACUAUUAUUCAUAGUACCCAAAACCACCCAAAUGCCAUCAACAGGAGAAGGGAUAAAAAGAAUUAUGUAUAGUCAGAGGUGCCCUGGUGGUGCAGCAGUUAAGUGCUUGGCUGGUAACCAAAAGGUCAAAGGUUUGAACCCACCAACCACUCCGUGGGAGAAAGAUGUAGCAAUCUGCUUCUGUAAAGAUUACAGCCUUGGAAACCCUAUGGGACAGUUCUACUCUGUCCUAUAGUGUUGCUAUGAGUUGGAAUUGACUUGACAGCAGGGGGUUUGGUUUUGGGUUUGAUGUAUAUUCAGAGAAUGGAAUACUAUACAACAAUAAAAAUGCUCAAACAUAAUGCUUAUUAAAAAGAACAAGUUACAGAAGAAUGAAUGCAGUUUGAUUCCAUUUAUAAAAAAUUCAAAGCCAUUCAAAAACUAAACAAUGUAUUAUCCAGAAAUACACAUGUGGUAGAACUAGAAAGAAAAGGAGUUAGAAGUCAAAAUCAGAGUGGUUACCUUUGUCAGGGGAAGGGGGGAUGCAAUCAUGAGGACCCUCAGAGGCUUCCAAAGCAUUGCUAAAUGUACAACCUGUUAAGUUGGGUGAUAGAUACAGAGGUGUUUGUUUUAUUGUUUUUUCUUUCAGCUACACAUGUAUAAUAGAUAUACUCUUAUACGGUUGAAAUAUUAUAUUUAAAUGUUAAAGAAAAAAGGAAUGGUGGACAGUGUUACCUGAGGUGCCAACACUGCCUCCUCUGCCCAGACUCACCCCCAGAUUUUGAUUUCAUUCUUCGUCCAAAUAUAUGCUCACAAAUCUAAGAUCCCAGUGCCCUACCAUCUAAUGACUAGAUCAUUAGAAAAAAUGGCUCCCUUACAGCAGAUUAUGAAGAACUCCCGUUUCAUUGUGUUUG